GCUCCGGCCCCUCCCCGGCCAGCGGAGCUGAGAGCCGGCGACCAUGCACCGCGUCCCACGGGCCCCGCUGCUGCUGCAGCAGCUCGCCCUGCUGGUGGCCGCGGGGGCCGGGGCGCGAGUGAGCGCACCGCGGAGCCUGGCGUGGGGCCCCGGCCUGCAGGCCUCCGCGGUCCUGCCGGUGCGCUACUUCUUCCUGCAGGCGGUGGACUCGGACGGCCGGAACCUCACUAGCUCGCCGCCAGGUCAAAUGCAAUUCAAAGUAGUGGUGAAAUCCCUUUCACCUAAGGAGUCAGUCCGAAUAUAUGUCCCUAAACCUUUGGAUAGGAAUGAUGGAACGUUUUUGGUGAGAUACAGGAUGCACGAGACUGCUCACGCAGGCCUCAUGGUAGAGGUCCUUUAUGGUAGUGAGCACGUGGCCCAGUCUCCCUAUAUUUUGAAAGGACCCGUGUACCAUGAGUACUGUGACUGCCCAGAAGAGGAUCCUCAGGCCUGGCAGGAAACCCUGUCCUGUCCAGGCACCGAACCACAGAUCGAGCAAGAUUUUACCUCCUUCCCCAGCAUCGAUCUCCACCAGAUGCUGAAGGAAGUCCCCAAAAGAUUUGGGGAUGAGCGUGGCGCUGUUGUUCAUUACACAAUUGUCAAUAACCACAUCCACCGGAGAUCUUUGGGGAAAUACACAGACUUCAAAAUGUUCUCUGAUGAAAUUUUGCUGUCACUGGCAAGGAAGGUUGCCCUCCCAGAUUUAGAAUUUUAUAUUAACCUGGGAGAUUGGCCCUUAGAGCAUCGAAAAGUCAAUGACACUCCUGGCCCUAUACCUAUCAUUUCCUGGUGCGGCUCCUUGGAUUCAAGAGACAUUAUCCUUCCAACAUAUGAUGUCACCCACUCAACACUUGAAGCAAUGAGGGGUGUUACAAAUGAUCUCCUCUCUGUUCAGGGAAAUACAGGGCCUUCCUGGAUCAAUAAAACAGAGAAAGCUUUCUUCCGAGGUAGAGAUAGCCGGGAGGAGAGGCUGCAGUUGGUACAGCUGUCCAAAGAAAAUCCACAGCUGCUAGAUGCAGGAAUUACAGGAUAUUUCUUUUUCCAAGAGAAAGAAAAAGAGCUUGGAAAAGCCAAGUUGAUGGGUUUCUUUGAUUUCUUUAAGUACAAGUACCAGGUGAAUGUGGACGGAACAGUGGCCGCAUACAGGUAUCCGUAUCUCAUGCUGGGGGACAGCCUGGUUCUGAAGCAGGAUUCCCCAUAUUAUGAACAUUUCUAUAUGGCACUAAGGCCUUGGAAGCACUACGUUCCCAUUAAAAGAAACCUCAGUGAUCUACUAGAGAAAGUGAAAUGGGCCAAGGAAAAUGACGAAGAAGCAAAGAAGAUCGCGAAAGAAGGGCAGUUAACUGCUAGGGACCUGCUCCAGCCACCCAGACUUUUCUGUUACUAUUACAGAGUACUACAGAAAUAUGCUGAGCGCCAGGCCAGCAAGCCCAUGAUACGUGAUGGAAUGGAGCUUGUUCCCCAGCCAGAUGAUGGCACAUCCAUUUGCCACUGCCACAGGAAGAGGCCGGAGAGGGAAGACCUUUAAGGAGGCCCAGCUUCUCAUUCCUUCCUAUGCCGGCUGCAACUUUGAGACUUGUGAAGAUGCCAAAGGAGCCAGGCCUGGUGGGUCAGCCUCACACCUCUAAUCAGCACUCUGGAGGUGAAGCCAGAGGAUUUCUUGAGUGCAAAGCCUGCCUGAGAUACAUGGUGAUUUUCUGGCCAGCCCAGGCUACCCAGUUGGAUCUUUUCAAGAAGCCAAAACAGCCAGGCAAUGGUGGUGUACACCUUUAGUCCCAGCACUCUGGAAGCAGAGGCAGGUAAAUCUCUGUGAGUUCGAGGCCAGCCUGGUCUACAGAGUGAGUUCCAGAACAGCCAGAGCUACACAGAAAACCUGUCUCAAAAAACAAGCAAACAAACAAAAAGCCAAAGCAAAAAAGAAGUGCAGAGAGAUGCUAAGCAUGUACCCCAUACUCAAGAGGCUGAGGCAUAAAGAUGAGUUUCAGUAUUGCCAAAUACCUUUGAAUGCUCAUUGUAUUUACGGUUAAAACUGCUCACUUGAGCAUCAUAGUAGAUAAAAAGACAUAUAAAUCACCUGAGAAUCUGUGGCUAUCACAUUUACUGGUUUGUUUCUAUCUUUUGUUCAUUUACUUUCACAUUCAGUUGUGAAGGGAGAAGUGUUUGGGGGAAGGUUCUAUUUCCUCCUCCCUGUGUAGUUUCUCUUCUUGCAAGCUGUGCCUGAUGUUCAUUGAUGGCAGCCUCAUGUUGGAGGCUGUGAUGGGGUUAACUAAGGAACAGACUGCUGCUACUAACGAUAGCAUGGGGAUGGUGGAGGAACACACUGCAUCAUUCAAAUCUUUUCAGCUAAGUUUUUGCCAGGUCUUAAGACAGAAUUAGGGGAAACUGUACUUUAUACUGGCGAGUCACAACCCAUUUGGGUUGUAUACCUAUUAAAGACAGCAUAGCUAUUAACGUAGAUGGUGGCAUUGUGUGGGUGUCUUUAUCAUCUAUAUACUAGGAAUAUAAGAAAUGAUGAUUGUCAAUGUGAGAUCUUGAAUUAUUUUUGUCCUUCCAAAAAAAAAAAAAAAAAGUCCUCAAAAACUGCUACGCCAGCCUCAGGAAGCCUCAGCAUCCUGGGAUACACUAGUAAGCCCAGGACAGAGGCAGAUCCUCAUUCCUGGAUCCGCAGGCUGUCCUCUCAGUGGGUUGCACCAUUAAAAUAAAGGCUUUGGCACUUGCCUCUGCCUUUUAGGGCAGGGUCGAGAUCUAAGAUCAUAAAUUCACGUCUAAUUCUUCAGAGCACCAUGCAGUCCAUGACCGAAUGCUCUCUAAAAUAAGAACCCCUGGAGUCAAAGUGCUCCCAGAACUGGGGCAAUCAUUUGGUCAUAUCUGUUCUUCCAAGGACCAAUAGCAACACAGGAAUUUGUAUUUUUAACUAGACCACAGAAACGUAUCAUCAAGCCAAAUAUCCUACCACCUAUUUAAAACCUACCUGUGUAGUAUGAACUAUAGGACAAGCUGUCCUGAGGCCACACCCUGGUGCACCUGAGCCUGUAUCUGUUGUACAUAGAGAGGGGGGCUUUAUAGAAAUGGGUUAUGGAAAGAAGGGCUGCCUCCCUCGCUGCUACCUCUGUAACCCCAGGCCCAGGAAGCAAAGUAGUUUGUUGUAAACACAAUAAGUCUUUUAAGUUGAUGUCGUCUGGUGAUGAACAUCCUAACACUUAAAGUUGAGACAAAUUGGGCCGUUUCUAUUGACUUGUCACAUUUUGGAGCAUUCCACUGGAAACGGAGUCUUCCAUGUGAACCUGAAGGGGACAUUUCCCAAUCAAACUGUAACAAGUCUAUCAAAAAAUCUAGAUAGUCCCCCCAUCUCCCCAGCUUGAUCACAGCCUUGGCAAUGAGUUUUACGUGGCUUGUUGUGUUAUUGGUUUGAAUAUAUCUUCAGAGGCCAUGAAUUGAGAGUAAAGGAGACCAUCUGGGAGGGGCUAGAAGGAGGACAGGGAGCAAUGAUAUGAGAUUUUAAUUUCAACAAAAAUAUUUUUAAUCUGACUUGUUGAGAGGGAUAUAAGGGUGUAAACAUAUAGUUGUGUGGGCCUGGAGAGAUGGCUUAGUGGUUAAGAGCACUGGCUGCUCUUCCAGGGGACCCAGGUUCAAUUCCCAGCACUCACAACUGUCUGUAACUCCAGUUCCCAGGGAUCUUACACCUUCACACCAAUGCACAUAAAAUAAAUUAAAAAAAAAGAUAUAGUUGUGCUCAUUUAAAUAAACUGUCACCAAUGCUCGUGGCUUCACUCACUGUAAGUGGCUGUCACCCAUCAAUAGUGAAUGCAUUGCCUAAACAGACACUGAUGUACAGUGAAUACAUGUACAGAAUGAUGUACAGUGUAGUUCAGUGAUAACACCGACAAGAGAGAAGCAGUUUUAACUAUGCCGUAAUGAGAGCUUUCCACAGUGUGUUCAUUAAAGACCAAAGCUGCAGGACCUGGAAUGUGAAAAAUAAUUUGCCAAAGACAAAAAGGGAAUGAAAGAGUUUAAAAGACAAGCUGCCAGUGGGGGGUGGUAUGGGGAGAAGGGAAAUUUUUGUUUUAUACCUUUUUAUAAUAUUUAAAUUGUUUUUAAACCAUGGACAUAAAUCAAGUUGUAAACUAAAAACAUCAGCAUGGUAAAAGAAUAAAUGUAUAAGAAGGAAAAGAAAAUGAUAUUCAUGUUUUCCAUGAUGCCAUAUUAAAAACCUAUGUCUGCAAGUUUAUCAUGUGGUUUUAUUAUAUUCUCUUUUUUAAAUAAAGCAAAUUUUCAUAAUAAAAAUUGGAAACCAUGUAUUUUGUUUUAAUAAAGAUUAUCACUUCCUGCUC